UCCAAAGUGGAAGAACGAAAGUUUUACAGCUCCUGUUGUAAGUAAUCCUCUGACAUCUGUUUGGAAUUUUGUUAAUUUUCUGUAUUUAACCCCACCCAUUGAACUUUCCAAACUUGACAUGAAUUUUCCUUACAGCUCUCACGAUUUGCGUCCAGUUUCCGAUUGGAAGUCUUUGAUUGGAACCAAGUUGGAUCAGGCAUGCCACUCGGUUCAACCGGUAUCUCGUUAUCCAGGCUAGAAAGUUUUACCGCGCAGGAAAUUGACUUGCCGCUUGAAGGGGUUAAGGGGGUUACCGGCAGUGUCAAGAUUAGAAUACUGUGGCAACCUCAACUCCUCGCUCGCAAAAAGCAGCAUACAUCCAUUCUAUCUAGUGGAGCCAAGGUAUUAACCGGUACGGCUGGCGCUACUGUUGGUGCGGGUAUGGCUGUUAUUGGAGGUGGUGCUGCCAUCGCUGGUGAAGGUCUCCAGUUGGGAGGUAAAGUAGUUGGAGGUGGACUUCAAGCUGGUACUAAGGUCAUUGGAGGUGGUCUGAGCGUUGGCUCCAAAGUGGUUGGAGGCGGAGGAAAAGCUAUUGGAGGUGGUCUCAAUUCUGUUUUCCACAUUGGACGAAAGUCAAGCAAACAAGAUGUCAAGACUGACGCUACUGAUGGAAAUCAAUCCGGCAAUAUGCUGGUGCCAGAAAGUGGAGUCAUUCCCAAUAGUCAAUCGUCUUCUACUUCCACUAUAAAUGGACAAAACAAGCGAAACUCUAUGGAUCCCACGGCUAGAGGUAAGAGCUUUGUUUGGCGUAAAGAGAGCGAACAAGACGGAAUACGGAAAGCCAACAAAAAUUACCCGUUGUAAUUUUUGUUUUUUCAAACCUAAUGUUCGCCUCUUUGUUUUUAAUAACCCUGUCGCUUAUGCCUUUUUCAUUUCUU